CUGAGAAACUCAGCAGAAGGAACAGAUAGAAACAGAGAGGCUUCCCGCUGAAGGCUUGUGCUCCCAGAUGGAGAGAGGGGGCGCGCGCGCCUCGCGGGCUGUGCCUGCGCGCCCCCGCCUGGGGCUAUAAAAGCCUGGCCACCUGCUGCCGCAAGUGCGUCCAGUUGCCCGAGAAGCCAGUUCACCUCCUCCGGCGGCAGCUCCUCUCGACAUGGACCCUGAGACCUGCACCUGCCCUACUGGCGGCUCCUGCACCUGCACUGACUCCUGCAAGUGCGAGGGAUGCAAAUGCACCUCCUGCAAGAAGAGCUGCUGCUCCUGCUGCCCCGCAGAGUGUGAGAAAUGCGCCAAGGACUGUGUGUGUAAAGGUGGAGAGGGGGCCGAAGCUGAGGAGACGUGUAGCUGCUGCCAGUGAGGACGUGCCCCUCGUGCCAAGCAUGUGUAAAUAGUGCUGGGUGGCUCAGUGCCGCCUGUGGCCCUCCCCUGCUAGCCACUGGCAAGUGACAAUAAAUCCUGCGAAUGGC